UACUUAAUACUUAUUAGUUAUAACUUAUAAGCAUUUUGAAUUAGAUUAAUGUGUUAUAUAUUUUUUUUUCAAACUACAUUUAAGUACGUUUACUGUGUUGUACGAUAGUUUAAUAUUAUAUAUAUUUACAGAUUACCAAUAAUAUUAUGUCUUUGAAUGAAAAAAAUGCUUCAACGCUUGAAUCUCAGCAUGUUCACGAUGUUUAUGAAAACAUAGCAUCACAUUUUAGUGAAACACGACAGAAACCUUGGCCGAAUGUUGUUAAAUUUUUAAACAAAUCUAAACCCGGUACAAUUGUUUUAGAUGUUGGUUGUGGAAAUGCUAAGUAUUUUACCAAUACUACUGAUGCUUAUCAGUUAGGUUGUGAUCGAAGUACUCAAUUAGCUCAAAUUAGUAAAAAUCGUAACCAUCAAGUAUUUAACUGUGAUUGUCUCCAAUUACCAAUACGUUCAGAUUGUGUUGAUUUAUGUAUUAGUAUAGCUGUUCUUCAUCAUUUGGCCACAAGUGAUCGACGUCUAAAAGCUCUGAAGGAAAUUAACAGAGUAUUAACAGUUGGAGGCCAAGCACUUGUAUAUGUGUGGGCCAAAGAACAAUGUAGAAAUGAAAACCUUUCUACUUAUUUAAAACAGAGCAAAGUUAAUAAACAUAAGCCGGAGUCAAAACAUGAAUUAACUAAAGAAUUUUGUGUUGAAUCAAUUGAUGUUAAUCUACCAAUACAUACAAAUCGUUCAAAUUUCACACAUAAUGACUUGCUAGUUCCGUGGAAGUUGAAUCAAAAAAAAGACCAAGAAAAUGAACCUAUAACACAUCUAAGAUAUUAUCAUGUGUUUGAAGAAUCUGAAUUGAAAUCAUUAUGUGAACAAAUUCAUGAUUGUAAAGUGAUUGAUUAUUAUUAUGAUCAGGGUAACUGGUGUGUAAUUUUUGAAAAAAUUAAAAUUUAAGUACUUGUA